AUGCAGGUGACAGCGGCGAUAAAGGGUGAUGAAAACGCCCGCGGAGGGCGGAAACUGGGGGGAAAAGGGUUUUUUGGGGGGGAAGUGGUGAAAGCCAAGGAGAAAAUCAAGGGGGAGCACGUCCGGCGUCACCAGGAGAUCCACGUGGUGAUGGGCAACGAGGCCUGUGACCUGGACUCCACCGUCUCGGCCCUGGCCCUGGCUUAUUUCCUGGCGAAGACCUCCCCAGCUCCCAAAGCUGCCUUCAUCCCGGUGCUGAACAUCCCUCGAGCUGACUUCGCCCUCCGGACGGAGACGACGUUCCUGCUGCGGGAGCAGGGCAUCCCCGCCACCUCCCUCAUCUUUCGGGAUGAGAUCGACCUGGGGGGGCUGCACCGUGCCGGGCUGCUCUCCCUGACGCUGGUCGAUCACCACGUCCUGCCUGGCGCUGACGCAGCCCUGGAAGAGGCCGUGGUGGAGGUCCUCGAUCACCGGCCGCUGGAACGGGACCGAGCUCCCGGCUGCCAGGUGACGGCAGAGCCGGGGGGGUCCUGCGCCACGCUGGUGACGGAGCGGAUCGCUCAAGGUCCCCCGGGCGUGCUGGACAGACUCACGGCCGCGCUGCUGCACGGCACCAUCUUGCUGGACUGCGUGAACCUGAGCCCAGCCGCCGGCAAGGUGACACCCAGGGACGUGGCGUGCGUCUCCCUGCUCAGGGCGAGGUUCCCCGAGCUGCCAUCCCGCGACGCUGUCUUCAAAGCCCUGCAAGCGGCCAAGUUCGAUGUCUCAGGGCUGACGACAGAGCAGAUGCUGCGGAAGGACCUCAAAGUCCUCUCCAGCGAUGAGCUGGUCCUCGCUGUCAGCGCCAUCUACGUGGACCUGGAGACCUUCCUGCACCGGCCUGGUUUGCUGCAGGACCUGGACACUUUCUGCCAGGCUCGGGGCUACACGGGGCUGGUGGCCAUGAUGAUCUCUUUUAACGAACGCAACGAGCCCUCCCGGCAGCUCGCGGUCUACAGCCGGCGCGAGACCCUCCGCAGCGCGGUGUGCCGGGCGCUGGAGGAGGCGACGACGCCAUCCCUGCUCCUCCAGCCCCUCCUGAGCCCCUGGUCCUGCGUGGGCACCUACGCCCAGGGCAACGCAUUGGCAUCGCGGAAGAAGGUCCUGCCCAUCCUGCGGGCAGCCCUGGGGGACCCGGGCGCUGCCGGGGGGCCGGAGGAGGAGGUGGUCCCACCGCCCACCCCCAUGAACAGCCUGGUGGAGGAAUGCCCGCUGGCACAGGCCGUGCCCCCCCUCUGCCCCCAGGAUGCCCUGGAGCGGGUCAGCCGCAUCGCCGCCGGGCAGCCCCCCGGCUCCCCGAAAUGA